CGCCAUCAUGUCUGCUGCCACGGUUUUUGAUACAGUUCUCUUUGGGAACAUUUUUGGAACCGAAGAGAUUCGGUCUUGUUUCUCAGAGCACGCCUACGUUACCAAUUUAAUUGAAGCUGAGUGUGUUCUUGCACAAGCCGAAGAAGACGAGGGCGUAAUUCCCCCAGGGGUUGCCUCUGUCAUCCGCGAGCACAGCCAUGUGUCUAAGAUCGACUGGCCUCUCUUAGCCUCUCGUGCAGAGAUUGUCGGCUAUCCCAUUCUUGGUCUCGUAGAACAGAUGUCAGAAUGGGUUCCUGAAGACAAAGCUGGGUAUAUCCACUGGGGCGCAACAACUCAAGAUAUUAUGGACUUGGCUUCAAUCAUGCAGAUCCAGAAAGGCCUCACUAUUGUCGAGAGACUCCUUCACCAGACCGCUGCCUCACUUGAAUCCAUGUGCGUCACGUACCGCGACACGCCCAUGGCAGGUCGUACUCAUCUCCAACAUGCCCUGCCCAUUACAUUUGGAUACAAAUGUGGUGUCUGGCUCUCGGGCAUUCUGCGACACAUUCAACGCCUAGAACAACUGAAAGAACGAUGUCUGCUCGUACAAUUUGGAGGCGCCGCUGGCACUCUGGCGUCUCUGGGCAACACAGACAGCGGCAUUCGAGUUAGAAAGAGAAUGGCGGCUAUCUUGAACCUCCGAGAUCCGGUUAUUACAUGGCACGUAUCCAGAGACACCAUUGCCGAGGUGGUAAGUUUUCUAGCAAUGGUUGGAGGCAGCUUGGGAAAGAUUGCGCUAGACCUGAUUAUAAUGUCCUCCAAUGAGUUGAAUGAGAUCGCGGAGCCAUAUGUUCCCCACAGAGGCGCAUCAUCGACGAUGCCCCAAAAACGAAACCCAAUCUCCAGUGAAAUCAUCUUAGCCCAAUCUAAGAUCCUUCGGGCCCAAGCGGGAUUAGUCCUUGAUGGAAUGGUGUCCGACUUUGAACGUGCCUCCGGCCCUUGGCAUUUGGAAUGGGCAGCACUGCCAACGGCUUUCAUCUCGGCGGUGGGGGCUCUGCACCAGGCACACUUCGCACUAAGCGGACUGCAAGUGAACGAAGAUAUGAUGAUGGCCAACCUAAAAUCAACGCAAGGCCUCAUCGUAGCCGAAGCAGUCAUGAUGGAGUUGGCCAGGUACGAAGGGAGACAGGAGGCACACGAGAUUGUGUAUCGUGCGUGCGUUGAAGCGCACGAGGGCAAAAUACCUCUGCAGGAUGCGCUGGAAAAGGUCCCUCAGGUCGUUCGACACCUGAGUUCAGCCCAACUAUCAACGCUCUGCGAUCCCACUCAGUACCUAGGGUGUUGUCAGCUAAUGGUUGACGAGCUUCUAAGUCAAGGCACCCAAAGCAUCAACAGGGUAAAUGGUAUCAAGACCAAUGGCACCAAAAAUGGUGGGCCCAAAUUGAAAAAUGGUCAUGUAAACUUGGAAGCUGUAACGAAUGGGAAUAGCCUAGUCUAGUCGAUCUUUGACAUAUAUAGACCAUUUGAUUUGAUAUAGAAG